CUACCAUACAUACCGGUACCCUACCUACUAGUUUUUGACAACGUGAAGAUCUAUCAUACUCGAUUAUCGAAACAAAACAUCAUACAGUUGCUCACGGUAACUCGGCUCAACUCGACUCAGCUCUGGUUAACGGAGGAAGGAAGGAAGGAAGGAAGGAAGCUUUUGCUCCCGGUUGUUUCUCGGUCGACCACGAUACCUUAUCAUAAGCUUCAGUUACAACAUCUUCAUCUCUCUACCACCGCCGCCGCCGCCGCCGCCACCUUAAAACAAAAACACAAAAACACCGCACAUCUCCACAUCCACCCACCUCCAUCAACCAAGCAGACAAUGUCAACCCCCCCCUCAAUCUCCCUGACCCCCGCAAUCACCACCACCGCUACUACCACCCCCCCACCUCCGCUCCCAGACGACACAGACUCAGACCUGGCAACACCCCCAUCCACACCCCCUCCUCCCCCUUUAUCCUCCGCCUCCACUUCCUCCUCCUCCACCGCCACCACCGCAUCAUCGCCAAAUCCCGUCUUUGCCCCUCGCCCUCUCCGCCUUCCGCAAUUCCGACACCCACGUCCGCUCCUCCUCCUGGACCAGUUCCCGCUCCCGCUCCCGCGAACCCCUAGUCCGCUCACUCCCCCCGCGCCACCAGCAUGCAUCCCAUCGUCAUCGUCCUCGUCGCCGAAGCUGGCGCGUAGCUUCCUGGCUUCUUCCCCUUCGCCCCCGGCUGUUGGAGGAGGGGGGGAGUUGGGGAGGGAUGUGCUGGAGGAGUUGUUUAAGAUUAUUAGGAGCGUACCUGGAAGUCCGCCCGCCGGGGCCGGGCCCGGGGCUGUGGGGUUGCAGGUCCAUCGGAGGCAGGGAAGUGCAGGAGGAAGGGGAAGUCCGGCGGCAGCGGCGGGAGGGAGGGAAUGUGGGUUUCCGUCCUCCCCCGUCUCGAGAACUACCAUGCGCAAUCCGAUUAUUUUUAAUUCUCAGUUUGAUGGGGAGUCAACUUGAUCGCUUGCCCCGAUGGUCAACGUAUUUGGGGGUAGCUAGCCAGCUAUUCAAGACGGGAUAGUUAUUCAGGGGUGUCUUUUCCUUUCUUUCAUACAUAUCAUUCACGGAGCUGAUUUUUCCCCCCUUCUCGUACAACUUUUCACCUUUGUCUAUGCGUGUUGGUGGUUUGGAGUUCUUUGCUUUCUUUCUGCUUGACUACACUUUACCUGCCUAACUACCUACCUCCUCAAUCUUUUGGCAUUGUUGCUUUUGUUUGCUACAGUAGUAGAGAUGGAUGGACGGGCGAAUGGCUAUCUUGUUUUUUAAUUUUCUCGCUUCUUAUUCUCGCUUCAUUCGUUCCCCCCUGCAUUCGCGUGGAUACCCCCCCCC